UUCCUCAAAGAUAGAGACAUCAACAUUGAACUUCUUGGAUAGAGAAACAUCACUUAAAAUCACCCCCAAACUCCCAGUUCUGAAGAACUGAUAACAUUUCUCAGAGCAAAGGAGCGACUGUGUGCUAGAAGUAUUCAGACACUUCUGUAUAUCUUCCUUCCUAAAUUUGAAGAGGAAAUAUGGAGAAAUGGUCUUUGAUGGCAGUUGUGGUCUUAUUGGGACUCACAGUACGGUGGACAGUUUCUCUUAAUUCUUAUUCAGGUGCUGGAAAGCCCCCGAUGUUUGGUGAUUAUGAAGCUCAACGCCACUGGCAAGAAAUCACUUUGAAUUUACCCAUCAAACAAUGGUAUUUUAACAGCAGUGAUAACAAUUUGCAGUAUUGGGGAUUGGAUUAUCCACCUCUUACAGCUUAUCACAGCCUUCUUUGUGCAUAUGUGGCAAAAUUUAUAGAUCCAGACUGGAUUGCUCUUCAUACAUCACGUGGAUACGAGAGUCAGGCACAUAAACUCUUCAUGCGUGCAACAGUUUUAGUUGCUGAUUUACUGAUUUACAUACCUGCAGUGGUUAUGCACUGUUAUUAUUUAAAGGAAAUAUCAGCCAAGAAAAGGAUAUCCAGUGCACUGUGCAUACUGCUUUAUCCAGGCCUCAUCCUUAUUGACUAUGGGCAUUUUCAAUAUAAUUCUGUGAGUCUAGGCUUUGCUUUGUGGGGUGUUCUUGGAGUAUCUUGCAACUGGAACUUGCUGGGGUCACUAGCAUUUUGCUUGGCUCUAAAUUAUAAACAGAUGGAACUCUACCAUGCCUUGCCAUUUUUCUGCUUUUUACUUGGCAAGUGCUUUAAACAAGGCAUCCAAGGAAAGGGGUUUGUGUUGUUAAUCAAGCUUGUCUGCACCGUCGUGGGCUCCUUCAUUCUCUGCUGGCUGCCAUUCUUUAUGGAGAAGGACCAGAGCCUGCAAGUUCUAAGAAGACUCUUCCCAGUUGAUCGAGGUUUAUUCGAGGAUAAGGUCGCUAAUGUCUGGUGUAGCUUCAGUGUCUUUCUGAAGUUCAAAGAGGUUUUGCCACAUCAUAUCCAGAUAAUAGUCAGUAUUUGUCUUACAUUUUUGAGCCUGCUUCCUGCAUGUAUAAAAUUAAUCAUGCAGCCCGUGAAUGAAAUGUUCAGAUUUACAUUGGUUAGCUGUGCACUAUCAUUCUUUUUAUUUUCCUUUCAAGUCCAUGAAAAAUCCAUUCUCUUGGUAUCACUGCCGGUCUGCUUAGUUUUACAUGAAAUUCCUUUUAUGUCGACUUGGUUUUUACUUGUUUCAACGUUUAGCAUGCUGCCUCUCCUGCUGAAGGAUGAGCUCUUUCUGCCCUCCGUGGUGACAGCGAUGGCCUUCUUUAUGGCCUGUGCCACCUCCUUUUCCAUAUUUGAAAGGGCUUCCGAAGAAGAACUGCGCUUGAAAUCCUUUUCCGUCUCUGUGAGGAAAUACCUACCGUGGGUCACCCGUCUCUCCAGAACUAUCCGCCAUUUGUUUUCUAUCUCAAUAGUAACUAUGGUCCUAUUGACAGUGAUGGCCGUCACUCUGGCUCCUCCUGCGAAUUUACCCGACUUAUUUGCUGUAUUGGUAUGUUUUGUAUCCUGCUUACACUUCCUGUUCUUCUUGGCAUACUUUAACAUUAUAAUCAUAUGGGAUUUCAAACAUGGACGACACCAGAAGAAAAUCAACUAGCUGUCUUCCCAAACAAAAGGGACAGUGUUACCAGUGCUAAAAUAUUCUGUGAACUUCUUGUUUUGUAUAUGUGAAAUUAUCUACUUGAGAUUAUGAAAUUAAAGGAAACAGUGAUACCUCAUUGUUGUCUACACAAAAUAAAUGUAGAUGGAGA